CAACCGCCUCGGGCCGCCAUUUUGUGCGGAGCCUCUACUCUGCAAAAGCGGGAGAGGGAUUAAAACCGCCGGAGGAGAAGGACGCAGUUUCUGUGCUUCGCCUCGCACCAGAGGAAGAACCAACCCCCGUGCUUUGCGUCGAAUCCGACCAGAGAACAAACGAGGAAAAGCAGGUAUUAUCCAUGGAAGGGGGACCGACAGAAGCUGUGGUGGAUGAGACAGGGGAUGCUUUCAAAGCCAAGGAGUGUAAGACCUAUCAGCGGCGGCGAGAGGAUGAAGAGGUGGGUGCAGAGCUGCUGCAGGCCGCUGGUCUAGAAGCAGUAGAGCAGUCAUCGGCUGAGGGUGAAGCAACAGCUGUGGUGGCCGAUGCUCAGCAGCAAUUGGUGGAGGGCGUGGUAAGCGUCAACAGCAGCGUGGAGAUGAUGGUGAUGGACUCUCUUGACCCAGCCUUGCUCCAGAUGAAGACUGAGGUCAUGGAGGCUGGAGUGGGUGCCCCUGUGGGAGUGAGUGUAGCUGGGGCGGCACACGAGGCCACAGUUACAACCGUGGACGACACCCAGAUCAUCACCCUGCAGGUGGUAAACAUGGAGGAGCAGCAGCUGGGCUUGGGUGAGCUACAGUUGGUGCAAGUGCCCGUCUCAGCUGUGCCAGUCACUGCUGCGACCGUGGAGGAACUGCAGGGCACUCUGGUGGAUGCCACUGCAAUGCCCAAAGAUGGAGAACCAGUCAUCUGCCACACCCUUCCACUUCCUGAGGGCUUUCAGGUGGUGAAGGUGGGUGCUAAUGGAGAAGUGGAGACAGUGGAGCAAGAUGAGCUCCAGGCCCAUGAGGAGCGUCCUCUGCAGCAGGAGGAAGAGGAGAUGCCUGAGCCCCAGACUGACGAUCCCACCUGGGCUAAGGAUCCUGACUACACACCCCCUGUCAAGAAGCCCAAGAAGACGAAGAAAAGCAAGCUGCGCUACAACACAGAGGGCGAGAAAGACAUGGAUGUGUCAGUUUAUGAUUUUGAGGAGGAGCAGCAGGAGGGCCUGCUCUCUGAAGUCAAUGCUGAAAAGGUGGUAGGCAACAUGAAGCCUCCAAAACCAACAAAAAUCAAGAAGAAGGGUGUGAAGAAGACAUUCCAGUGCGAGCUGUGUAGCUACACUUGCCCACGGCGCUCCAAUCUUGAUCGCCACAUGAAGAGCCACACAGAUGAGAGGCCCCACAAAUGCCACCUGUGUGGCCGUGCCUUUAGGACAGUCACACUACUGAGGAACCACCUCAACACCCACACAGGCACCAGACCACACAAGUGCACUGAUUGUGACAUGGCCUUUGUGACCAGCGGUGAGCUGGUGCGACACCGUCGCUACAAGCACACCCACGAAAAGCCCUUCAAGUGCUCCAUGUGUGACUAUGCUAGUGUGGAGGUGAGCAAACUGAAGAGGCACAUUCGCUCUCACACCGGAGAGCGUCCUUUCCAGUGCAGCCUUUGCAGCUACGCCAGCAGAGACACCUACAAGCUGAAGAGGCACAUGAGAACUCAUUCAGGGGAGAAGCCCUAUGAGUGCUACAUCUGCCAUGCUCGUUUCACGCAGAGUGGCACCAUGAAGAUGCAUAUCCUGCAGAAGCACACAGAGAAUGUGGCCAAGUUCCACUGCCCCCACUGUGACACAGUCAUCGCCCGUAAAAGUGACCUGGGUGUGCAUUUGCGCAAGCAGCAUUCCUACAUCGAGCAGGGCAGGAAGUGCCGUUACUGUGAGGCCGUAUUCCAUGAGCGCUAUGCUCUGAUCCAGCACCAGAAGUCCCACAAGAAUGAGAAGCGCUUCAAGUGUGACCAGUGUGACUACGCCUGCCGACAGGAGCGACACAUGGUAAUGCACAAACGCACCCACACUGGGGAGAAGCCAUAUGCCUGCAGCCACUGUGAGAAGACAUUCAGACAGAAGCAGCUCCUGGACAUGCACUUCCGACGCUAUCAUGACCCCAACUUCGUGCCCACCUCCUUUGUGUGCACCAAGUGCGGCAAGACCUUCACUCGCAGGAACACCAUGGCCAGGCAUGCUGAAAACUGUUCUGGACUGGACACUGCAGAAGGAGAAAACGGCACUCCAACCAAGAGGGGCCGUGGUGGCCGGAAGAGGAAGAUGCGCUCCAGGAAGGAUGACGAUGAUGACAGUGAUGAGCAUGGAGACCCUGAUCUGGAUGACAUUGAUGAGGAAGAGGAGGAGGAGGAGGGUCUUGAGGAUGUGCAGAUGGAGGUAGAGCAAGCCCCACCCAGUGUCCCCAUCCCUGCUCCAGCUGAGCCACCAGUCAAGAGGAAGCGUGGUAGACCCCCCAAAAAUCCCCCCAAGACUCCUCCUGCCAAGCCUGCAACCAUAACACCUGCCGCGACUGCCAUAAUCCAGGUGGAAGAUGAGGGCACAGGGGCCAUUGAGAACAUCAUAGUGAAGAAGGAGCAGGACGGCGUAGACUCGUCAGCGGCUGCUGUAGCAUCAGGUCCUGUAGUGGAGGAGGUGGAGGCCGUAGAAGGUGGUGUGGAAACAGUGCAGCUAUCUGUCCCUGAGGCUGCACCCAAUGGAGACCUCACCCCUGAGAUGAUCCUCAGCAUGAUGGACCGGUGAUGUGGAGAGACAAACCCACACACGCCCACCCACACAUGCAGACAUACAUGUCCCUAUUAUGCGGUCACCUCCCCGCCUCACAGAAGACUGCUCCACUCCUUUCCAUGGUGUCUUCAUUAAGUUUGUCAACUUGAAUUAAAUUUCCAUUUUUCCUUUCUGUUGCUUAAACUUCAUUAAUUUGUUUAUUUAGACUGAUCAAGCAGUGCAUGGAUUUUUUUUUUUCUCUCUUCUGUCCUCACUCACCCUUUUGGCUAAGUAGUCUAUUUGUCCUGCAUAUAACAUCUUGUGUGUGGCGGGGGUUGCAAAGAUGAUAAUUAUGGGGAGACUAAGGAGUUGGUUCCCUAGAUUUAUGGUAGUGAACAACAUGCAUUUUUUUUAUUUCUUUUUUUGGUCCCCCUAUCUGAUAUGCCAAUAUUCCUUCAACCUUUCAGUCUGUGACAUUACCAUGGCAAUAUUCAAAAGGAAAACUUUCUGUGCCUGGUCAAGCCUUGAUAUUUAGAAUUGCUAUCACUGCUGUAGAAAUGGGCAUUUUUACCCCAUCUGUUCCACAAAUAUCCUUUUUAAUGUCUGACAUAUACGACAACUUUUAUCGCUGUUGUAUUUCUCAUUUGCUUUCAUUGAUCAUAAUUAACAAUGGUAGAGAGAGAAGUUUAGAAAUGUAGCCAUAUGAUUAUCUGGCCAGGGACGAUGACAUGCAUCCAUCAAGUAUAAAAAAUAAUUAAAAAAAAAAAUGCAGUUGAUAACA